GCUCUUCAGGUUAUGAAUCUUCAGUAAUGCUGCACAAUGGUGACAUUGCUGCUGCCACACCAACCAACAAAGCCUUAGUCUGGGCACAGUCCCCAUAUUGCGUGCUGUGGGCUUGCUCACAGUGCCUGCGUGUACAACUCGCGUUAUAACCACAACCUCAUCUUGAAACACAUGAUGAGAACCCAUUGAAUACAAGGCUUUAAGUACCACAUAGGCUAGUGCUAGUGCAGACCUGUUGUUUUUCUUGUUUUUUGAGCACUUCAGUUAAUUUUCUGGAUUUCAUAGAAUGCCUCUUUAUAUUUUCAUUCAUUUUCCGAUAUGGGAUGGUAAUACAUGUCCAAUUUGGACAUUCGGUUAGCUGCCUUAGGGGAAGUGUAUCAUUAUACAGACAUUUCUGCUCAUGCAUUGGUUAUGCCCAGGAGUCAAAAGAAAUGGAAAAGAACCAUUAAUACUUUCUAUAGGCACUAUUGCCCAAACUGUUAACUAAUUGAGAAAAUUGACUGAGGCUUAUUAAUCUCUUCAUAACUUAACUUCUGUCAAUUCUUUCUUCCCUUUUUUUUUUUUUUUGCCUGCACUCCAAGUGCUCUUAGAAAUCUUUAGGCCUAUGUGUAAGGGAUGUAUACGGUUCUCCAACUCUCGCAUCUGCAGUCACCCGACAAAUGGCUCUGCCGCUGCACUGAGGCAUCGUUCACUGCCACAAGGCAUCUAGCUGUAAGAGAGAGUCACCUCCUCUCAACGUGCUGCCUCGCUUCAGUCCACAUAUGAUCUCAGGAGUCCAUGUCAUCACCGCCUGUCUGCAUACCAGCUGACAGAGCAGCCAGGUUACUCAGACCGGGCUCUUUCUGCUCAAAGGAACUGGAGAGAGUAACAUCCUUGCAGACUAACCUGCAGCUAGCCGCUGUCAUCUGCACCAAUGCCAGGAGGCAGCUAAGCUUUGCUAAAGAGGGCUUCACUGAAGCCAGCCUAGGGCUCCUUGCCAACCAGAGACGCAGGCACCUGUUAACGGGAUUGCUGAAGUCUUUGCGGACCAUAAAAACACUGCAAAGGACAGAUGUUAGACUGAGUGAGAUGCUGGAGGAGGAGGACUACCCAGGUGCCAUCCAGCUGUGUUUGGAGUGUCAGAAGGCUGCCAGCACAUUCAAGCACUACAGCUGCAUAAGUGAAUUGAACUCAAAGCUGCAGGACACUCUGGAACAGAUAGAGGAGCAGCUGGAUGUGGCUCUUUCCAAGACCUGCAAGCACUUUGAUGUCUCACACUACACCAAAGUUCAGCUGGCAUACACACUCCUGGGUAAGACACAGACUGCUAUGGAUCAACUUCACAUGCACUUCACGCAGGCCAUUCACAAUACCGUCUUCCAGGUGGUACUGGGUUAUGUGGAGCUGUGCGCUGGCAAUGCUGACACCAAGUUCCAGAAGAUGCAGUACAAAGAUCUCUGCACUCACAUCACUCCAGACAGUUAUAUCCCCUGCCUGACUGACCUCUGCAAAGCAUUGUGGGAGGUCAUGCUGAGCUACUAUCGAACAAUGCAGUGGCAUGAGGAGCAUGACAAAGAGGAGGUGGUCGACGCAGGAGCAGACAGCACUGGUGACGAGGGCUCAGAUGAGUCAACGGUUGGCCGCAGCUAUGUCAAGAAGAAGCUUGAGCAUGGCCUGAGCCGCAUUUGGCAGGAUGUCCAGCUGAAAGUCAAAGCCUACUUACUUGGCACGGACAUGUCCAACUUCAAGUAUGACGACUUCAUCGUGGUGCUGGACGUUGUCAGCAGGCUCAUGCAGGUGGGGGAGGAGUUCUGCAGUAGCAAGUCCGAGGUGCUGCAAGAGUCCAUCAAGAGGCAGAGUGUGAACUACUUCAAGACCUAUCACAGAACUCGCCUGGAGGAAUUGCGGAUGUUUCUGGAAAAUGAGACAUGGGAGCUGUGUCCUGUGAAGUCCAACUUCAGCAUUACACAACUCCACGAGUUUGGCUUCAUGGGCCAGUGUCGCUCCCCGUCAGUAUCUCCCAGCAGACACCCAGCCACCAGUGACCCUGUGCAGCUCUCCCUCUUUGAGCAGUAUCUCCAUGGAGGAAACCCAUUUGAGAUGCAGAUAGACAAUAAAGAAGAGGACACCGAAGAUGUGUUGGCCUCUAAUGGGUAUGAGUCAGAUGAAUUGGAAAAGAGUGUGUACCAGGACUAUGACAGCGAUAGUGAUGUGGCAGAGGAGCUGAAACAAGACUAUGUGGAUGAGCAGACUGGAGACGCCCCCACCAAGAGUGUGUCCAAAGAGACGCUGCGCAGCAGAAAGAAGUCCGACUACAACCUGAAUAAAGCCAACGCCCCCAUCCUGACCAACACCACCCUCAACGUGAUCCGCCUAGUCGGCAAGUACAUACAGAUGAUGAACAUUUUAAAACCCAUCGCCUUCGAUGUCAUCCACUGUGUGUCACAACUUUUCGACUACUACCUGUAUGCUGUCUACACCUUCUUUGGCCGGAAUGACAUGCAUGACUCAUGUCCAUCCACUCCCAACCCGGGCAGCCAGCCAGGCGCCUCCAAACACGCACCCUGGUAUGAAUCUUCAGGGCUGGGCCUGAUUAGCAGUAGACUGAGGACCACACUCAACCGCAUCCAAGAGAGCCUCAUAGACGUGGAGGCAGGGGGAGAGAAUGCAGGCUCCCACGGCCCCACAGAGGAGAGGAAGGAGAAGGUACCCAGCCCUCAUCUCAGCCAGCUGGUGGUACUGACUUCUGGUGGCACACUCUACGGUCUGGCAGAGCGGGUAGUCGCCACCGAGUCCCUGGUGUUCUUGGCUGAGCAGUUUGAGCUCCUGCAACCUCAUCUGGACACUAUGAUGCCUCCAGCCAAGAAGCCCUUCCUUCAGCAGUUCUACUCACAGACGGUGUCCACGGCCAGCGAACUGCGGAAGCCCACUUACUGGAUAGUGGCGGCCAAAGCCAUCGAUUAUGAGCAGAUGUUGCUGCUGAUGGCGGGAGUAAAAUGGGACAUUAAAGAGAUAAUGUCACAGCACAAUGUCUACGUGGAUGUCCUUUUAAAGGAGUUUGAGCAGUUCAAUAAAAGGCUUGGAGAUGUCUCCAGACAAGUUCGGAUCCCUCUGCCAGUAUCUAACGUCCUCUGGGAGCAUUGUAUCCGACUGGCCAACAGAACACUAGUUGAAGGCUAUGCUAAUGUGAAGAAGUGCAGUAACGAGGGCCGAGCACUCAUGCAACUGGACUUCCAGCAGUUCCUCAUGAAGCUGGAGAAGCUGACUGACCUCAGGCCCAUCCCCGAUAAGGAGUUUGUCGAGACCUACAUCAAAGCCUACUACCUGACUGAAAACGACAUGGAGCAGUUCAUCAAGAAUCACAGGGAAUACUCCAUGAAGCAGCUGGCUAACCUGGUCAAUGUCUGUCUUGGCUCUCACAUCAACAAGAAGGCCAGGCAAAAACUCCUUGCAGCGAUUGAUGACAUCGACCGACCAAAAAGAUAAACUAUAGCAGACCUCACAGGCUGAAGGCAGAAUCACCAGUGGAGAUCCCAUUCACCUACAAUUAUCUAUGUGCAGACUAUUCUACUGGCAUGAGGAACAUUUUGUCCCCAACAAACGUUUGCUGCUUCUAGGUCCAUUUUAAUGCAAAUGUAACCAACUCGCUCUCUUAGUGUAUAAAUGAUACUUGAGACCUUUGAGAUCUCUGAUAUCUGUGUAUUGUAAACUCAGUGACCAUGUGAAGGAUCACAUAAAUUGAGCACAGCUCUUUGGAACACAUGACCAUCAUAGAGUUGUUGCCCAGCAGUGAUAUACUUCAUUAUAAGCAAUGUCCAAUAUUUUGAUGGUUCUCCAGCAGUGUCCUUGACCUACAUCUUCUGUCCAUCUUUAGAUGUAGGCAUGCUUUUUAAAAACCAUUGAAACUAAUGAAGAUGGGGUUUUCAUCUUGUAGUCUUAAUGUCUGCUUCUUUAAGCCUGUUAUUUCAGCUUGCUGUAUGUUCUUUGUUGGAACUUAAUUUUUCUCUUAAAAAAAAUAAUAUUUAUCCUGAUUAUGUAUGCAUGUGGAUGACUGGUAUAUCAGCCACAUAUCAGGAUUUUUGUUUGUUAUUGGUUGGUAGCUUUUUUCUUGAUGUUACAUAUUCAUGUUUAGGAUUUUGGUUGCUCUUUGCCUUUUUUUCUUGUGUAUGAAAUUCUGAAAUAUGAAAACAGAUAAAACUUGCUUAAAGGACAUAAUUCUGCACUUAGACAGAUGGUUUAUACUGUAUAUGUUAUGUCAUAAAUAUUUUAUUUAUUUCAGCUUAUUUGAGCAUCCAGGAUGUUAUAGCAAACUGUGUGUGCCUGUCAUAAAAAUAUAAUUGGUGUUACUCUGUAGUGGUCUGAAACAAAUAAUUACUUUACAUGUAUUAAUACAUGACUAACCAGUUUAAAUCAAGAUCCCAAAAUAAAUACACUAACAUGUAUGA